AUGACUAUUCAUGGUCAUUGUAUUAGCUUGGAAAUUGGUCACCUCAAUAUUUCUUCUGAAGAGUGGGGCCUCAAACGGCAUGUGUACAAUGCAUAUGCGAAAGAACAUUCCAUCUUCUAUCUACUAUACUUCGACAUCCCAAGCAUGGGCUUGGCAGGGCUGAUUAACAUGAUUGCAGCCUUUGGUAGGGGGAGAAUUUUUACUGGAUUCUUUGAGGUCAUUGCAACUGUCGGAUGGGCAUUCCUAGCCCUGGGGAAUGCCUGGAUGUGGAAAGCGGUUUGGAAAAAUUGGCACGAUAAGGGCCAUACUUUCAAUCAGGCAAAGAGCAAAUUUUCUACUACUGGUCUUAAGGCUUAUUUCAGCUGCGGUAAAAGGUAUGCAAUCCGACCCAAGAACUGA